CUCUGCUCUUUGAAAGGAUUAUCUCGCAAUUAAAUAGUUCUUGCAGCAAUUAAGGAUGAAACUACUUCUGCUAGUUUUGCUCGUCUCGGUUGUCGCUGGAUUGCUCGAGGAGCCCACGAAGGAAAGAAAAUGCGUUCCACAACCAAAGAAAAAUUCGUUAGGACUGGAUCUCAAAUGGUUUGGAUCGGUCAAGGAAUUCUUCCUGCCCAUGUGGAGUCAGCUUUAUGCGACCAGAACGGCAAGUGACAUCCUGGAAAGGGAGGCGGCCCGCAUAGCGAAUCAUGAAAUCGACCCAGCUUCAUGUCUCGUCUUUAAACAGGAAAAUACCGUCUCCGCUUACGGAAGAGUGCAAAACUAUAAUAUUUCCGGGGAUGCGGAUUCCAUCCACUUUAAAUCACCGUGGUCUGGACCAAAGGCUGGACGAUUUGAUUUUCACAUGACGGACAACUCCAACUUUGUUUUGGGCAUAACAUGCUGGGAGGAUGAUCAGGCUUCUUGGGCCGUACUUUCGACCAAGUUUCAUCUUGCGCCACAUGUUCGACAAGAAGUUCUUGGAUAUGUUGCAUCGUUAGGAUUUGACGUAGCAAAAGCCGUGGAUGAGGAUUACUCUCUCUCUGCACGUAUGGGGCUGGAAGACCCAAACCACAACAGUUCCUGGUCUAUCGUGGAAAUUAAUGAAGAUUGGCUCAUUCAUAAGAGUUACAGUGUAUUACUUAUUUAAUGGUACAAUUUUCUUGUCUUGCAGGCAAAUUAUUUUUUUCCAAAAUAUGAAGGUGAAUAUUUCAAAAUUAUUUUUAUGCCAUUUAUUACCAAUAUGUACAUAUAUCGGACCAGAUAGUAGCAGUGUCUUGAAGGAAUUAUUAGAUUGCCCAAAUAUUUGAAUGCCUUACGAUUUUGAAUUUCGCAGUACAUUAUUCUACGUAGCUGCAAUAUGCAACUGUUGCAAGUUAGAUAAUUUAUGUUUGGAAGGUCGAAAACAUUACGUCACAUUUAAUAAUUAAUUUUACAUAACGACAUGAGGCAAGAUUCAUCCGUAAUUAUUUUGAAUUAAUUAAUUAAGUAAUUAUUUUGAUGUAAAUACAUAUGUAUUUACAUACUUACGAUUACAUUUUAGUAUAAUGGAGUUUAUUCUCUUUAAAAUUAAUUUACUAAUUUAUUUGACACACGUGGUGUCAAAUCCACCCAGUGAAAUUUACAAAUUGUCCAUCAGUAAUGGAAUAAUUCAUUAGAAUCCAUAUGAUUAUCGUUACAUGUUGAGUGACACUAUGCAACAAGAAUUUGACAGUGGUGCCGGUGUGUGUUACCAUUAGAAAUUCGUUCUCACCUUACCCUAAACGAGCUUAACUUACCCCAACGGAUUUCAUAGUACUUAAAUAAAUGUCUACUAUUUGCAUGCAUACUUCAUCCUCUCGUAAUUCCCCCGUCACUGAUUAGGAGCAUAUUCGCAGUUUGAGCCAAGCAGAAGUUCUGUAUCACUAGCGGGGUUCCAUUGUCGAUAAAGUUUGAGCCGAAUUUGAUCUUUAGUACGCCACACGCCUUGAUCUCUCUCUCCAGCUAGGAUUUCUUCCCGCCAAAUUGGAUCGUUCGUCUGACAUGCAUUCGAAGAACCUUUGUCGAUCUAAUGUUCACCCAUGAGGCCAGUGUAUAAGCGAGUACGUUCACCCCAAUUGCGUCCACCUGAAGAAGGGGAAAUAUGAGAAAGCCCGGCAUCGCUAUCUUGUCGUGAAACUUGACGCAAGCGUACUGACAGAUGAUUUGAACCAUUGGCGUACAAACGACCAUGGUUGGGACAAUUCGCAUCAUGAGAAAUCCAUUCAUAUACUUUUCCAAGAUUUGAACGCUCCGGUAGAGUUUGAUGCAGGAACGAUUGUUGUUUCAGAAUUCAGAAUUCCCCUAGGUUUUCCAUUAAUCAAUGAGUUUCAUGCAAAGUAUUUGUAGAAUUUGCUUGUGUUAUACCUUUGGAUUUGAAGUGAUUUAAUAUUGUUCACUCUUAAAUAUAUAUAAUGUUACCCCUUUCCAAAAAUAAAUUAACGCUCAAUUUUAAGUCAA